GCGGCAAAAUUGCAGGAAUUGGUUCGGAACUUCGGACUUCGGUUGUUAUUUGUUAACUCAACUUAACCGGAUUUUAAAAAAAUUAGAAAAUAUAGUUAUCACUUAUCGUACUUACCUGUGAAUCACGAAAUUUACAUUUUAAAAUGUCUAACGAAAGUUUUAAACCAUACAAUUUAUCACAACAUAAGAAUGACAAUUUUCAUGAUGAUGACGAUGAGAACAGUUUAAUAAUUCCCUUUAAUAACGGGGGAAAAAUUGGUGAGCAAACUAAAUUUGAUUCUGAACUCCAGGGAAAAGAAAAAGAACAACUUCAUGACGAUCCAGGUCCAAUGGAUCGGCAGAAGAGAGAUCUUAAAGUUGUGAAAGAUCUGUUAAAAGAAGCUCAGAUGAUGAUAGAUUUGCCGGAAGAAAUCAUCUUGAAUUCAGAAGAAAAGGGCACAACACUCAAUACCAAAGAGCAAAAAGCAGUGCAGAUUUGUUUUGCUUUCCAAAAUGGUUCUUGUAAAAAACAAACUUGUAAAUUUUCUCACGGAGAGGAACAGAGCUUACAAGUAUCGAAGAGUGCGGCCCCCCUUGUGGGAUUAGUGAAACCAACAGUUCAAACAGUGAAUAAGGACAAGCCCCAGGAAUCAAGUUCUUCACCAGUUGUUAAAAGGGCACUUUGUCGUGAUUUUAUGAAAGGAAAAUGUUUCCGAACUGAUUGUAAAUAUCAUCAUCCAGGUGAUACCAAUCUAGAAGUUGUCCUUGAAGUUUGCAGGGAUUUUUUAAAAGGAAGAUGUCCUCGAAAAAAAUGCAUAUAUUCGCAUGUUGCCUCCGUCGAACCUGUCAAUAUCGAUGUUUCUGAUAUAGAGAUUUGCGAGGACUUCUUGAAUGGGAAGUGCAAUAGACUAAAAUGUUGGUUAAAACAUGAUGACGAUACAGCUGAUUGUAAGGACUUCUUGAAAGGAAACUGUAGAAGAUCAAAGUGUGUUUAUAAACAUGAUGUGAAUCGAUUGUUAGCUGAUAAACAGAAAGAUGAGGAUCAAGGUAAACAGUCUUCUGCUGAUAAACAGAAAGAUGAGGAUCCGGAGAAGCAGUUUACUGCUGACAAACAGAAUGAUGAGGAUCAAGGGAAGCAGUCUACUGCUGAUAAACAGAAUGAUGAGGAUCAAGGGAAGCAGUCUACUUUUUUUAAACAGAAAGAUGAGGAUCCAGGGAUGCAGUCUACCGUUAAUAAACAGAAAGAGGGGGAUUUAGGUAAUCAGUCUAGUGUUGAUCAACAGAACGAUGAGAAUAAAGUGGUACAGUCUACUGAUAAAACCAAGGAUGUGUAUAUAGGGAAUCAGUCUAGUGAUAAACAAAAAGAUGCGGAUAAAGGGAAGCAUCCUGUUUCUGAAAUAAGCAUUAUGAAAAGACCUCUCCUGUCUGGAAUAUCAGGAGAGGUUUCGGGUAAAGUUCCCAAAUUGGAUUUGAUCAAAUCUGGUUCCGAGGACAACUCCCUCUUGACUGGAAAUUCAUCUAAACCAGCUAAGGUUUGCUUCGCCUACCAGAACACAGGGCGUUGCAUGAAAGGAAACUCAUGUAGUUAUCAACACACUUUGAAGAAAGCUGCCUGCUUUGCAUUUCUCCGAUCUGGAAGUUGUUCCAACUACGAAUGUAAAUUUGAUCAUUCUUCGACACUGCAACCGGCUGGAGAAAGGAAUGAACUAGCAGGCCCAAGAUAUGACGCGGGAGAAGGGAGAGGAGGAGGAGUAGAAGAAAACUGGGGAGAACGAGGAAGACGGGGGAGGAGUAGAGAAUAUGAUAGAGCAGGAGAAUGGGAGGGAAGGAGAAGAGAGGAGUGGAAAGAAGAGGAAGAUUGGAAGUAUCCAGAACAGGAUGGAAGAAGAGAUGGUGAAUGGAAAAGAGACGAUGAUUGGCAAGACAGAAAACAAGAAAAUGAACUUGAUAAAACCCGUCCUAGAAGAAUUGCACCUGGACUAAGUAUGGUUGAAAAGAAGGUGUUGGAAGCAACUACCCCCCUGGCAAACAUUGAAUAUAAGAAACAAGUAGAAAAGAAAGAAGAAAUGGUGAAACAGAUUGUAAAUGAUCUUCAUAAGGAGAUAUCUGAAUACAGUCCUGAAGCUGGUCGCUGGUUGUCCCACCAGAAACAUAUAAACAUGGGACACUGCGCCAGAAUUGAAAAAAUGAAGGAGUCCCCAGUAUUAGAAGGAUACCGGAACAAGUGUGAGUUUACUAUUGGAAAGGAUCCUCAAACAAAUAAGGUUUGUGUGGGAUUCAAAUUAGACCCAGGUUCAGAGACUUCUGCUGUAGGACCUGUACACCAUCUUAGACAUGUACCAACACAGAUGAAAGCUGUCGUAAACCUACUUGAAUCUCAUUUACAGUCCUCUGUUUUAUCAUCGUAUGACGAGGGAAGUGGUGAGGGUGGAUGGAGCUCAGCUUUGGUGAGAACAUCUCAGAACUCGGAGACUAUGCUGGUUGUUUACUAUGUUAAACUGGAUUUAUCUACGAACAGACUAGAGGCAGCUAAAGAAGAUCUUAUAAUGUUCUUUGCUCAAGGUGGAGGAAUUAAGUCUGAUUUAACAUCUUUAUACUGGGCUCAGAAAACCUCAACAGCACCUGGGACAUUAGAGCAUCUGUAUGGGAAGGAGAGGAUAACUGAGUAUGUUCAUGAUAUUGAACUAACAGUAUCCCCGCGUUCAUAUCUCUGUAUCAACACACACGGAGCUCAUCUUCUUUAUCAAACCAUUUCACAAACAUUAGGUUUGAGCACUAAUUCCACCUUGGUGGAUAUUUGCAGUGGAUCAGGUGCUAUAGGGAUAUCUUUAUCCAAAUGGGCUGGCCAGUUGCUUGGAAUUGAUAAAUCUGGUGAUGCCAUUGUUGACGCUAAGCAUAACGUUCUCUCAAAUAAAAUUGCUAACGCUGAAUAUGUUGUAGGUAGUGUAGAGGAAGGAUUAGAAAACCUGAUAAAGCAUGCAACUUGUCCUGAGGUACUUGCAGUAUUAGAUCCUCCCAGAACUGGUUUACCUGUGAAGGCUAUUCGAGCGCUUCGCGCUAUAUCUCGAAUCUCAAAGCUUGUUUAUGUGUCAAGUGAUUUCAGGUGUUCCCUCAAGACUCUGGUUGAUCUUACACGUCCCACUUCUGCAAUGUUUGCUGGUGCUCCAUUCAUGCCGAUAUUAGUAAACUCAGUCGAUCUGUUUCCGCAUACUUCGCAUUUCUUUGUGGUCAUUCUGUUUGUAAGAGUUUCUUCAGAACAAUUGAAGAGUGAUUUAAGCUUCAACCUAUCUGUUCCUCCCCCAUCAGCGAAUAAACUGCCAUUAUCCCUUCAAAUAUCUCCUUUCCUUCAACAGAAUCAACCUCUGCCACUUUACCAGCCUCAGCCUCUCCAUCAGCCGCCGCCUCUUCAGCCUCCGCCACUGAUCCACAAACCUGUAUUGUAUCCGGGAUUGAAUCCGCUCCGUUCCUUCAAUGAGUCAAGUCUGUCUAUUGAACAGAAAGGGUGGCUGAACACCAUGACCAAUUUGUAUGGAACGACGUUUGAUCGUGGUGGCUGGGUUCUUUCUUUUAUUAAACAAAACCAUCAGACUGCUCUAAACAAUCUACCACCUCUAGCCCCUCCAAUUUCCUCACCUGCUUUGAGUAAUCCUGAAGUAUCCAGCCUAGCACGCUUCCCUCCUAAAAUCAACCUGCCGUCUCCCGUCUCCUUUAGCCCGGGGGUUAAGGCCAAACUUCCAACUCCCACUGCUGCGUGUCAACGUAACUUUUCUGAUGAUAUAUUACCGCCCCCACCACCAAUUAUCCGAUCUAAUUCUGACCAUGCAGUUAAUGCUUCUAUGCAGAUUGAUAAUGAUCUCCCACCUCCUCCACCUAGCAUAUCCUUAAUUUCCAGCUCAAGAUGUAAAUCUCCAAGUAGGUCCAGUGAGAGCACUCUUGGUAGAUCUAGUCAUCCAGACAUUAGUUCAUUCCGCAGCCGUAGUCCCAUUGGUAGUGAAAGUCCAACUUACAGCUAUCAACGUCAAGAUUACUUUAGUCCACCACGGAGCUCUAGGCAAUAUAGUAGAAGUCCACCGCAUAAAUCUUAUGAUAGCCCACCUCAUAGCCCCUGUCAUUCCUACUCAAGCCCACCUCACAAGUCUAAACACUCAAGCUCUAUGUAUGAUAAAAGUUCUCCAUGUAAUACCAGUUUUAGACCAUUUCAUGAUAGACCCAUUUCUAGAAACUACAGUUCACAAGACUCCAUUACUCCUCAAUAUUUUGGUCCUCCCCGCAACCCCAGUCCUCUCAACAUCUGCAGUCCCCUUCGAAACUCCAGUCCUCCUCUCCGCAACUCCAGUCCUCCUCCCCGGAACUCCAGUCCUCCUCCCCAGAACUCCAGUCCUCCUCUUCGGAAAGCCAGUCCUCUCCGGAACUCCAGUCCUCCAUGGAGUCCUCCGCUAAACUCCAGUUCUCCCCAAGUCUUAAGCUCUGAUCUCAUGUCCAUCAACGAUCAAUGUUCCUCAGGACUCUCAUCUCCAAAGAUCAUUUCUAGCGUGAUCAACACACAGCAGUUGGAGAUCGGUGCUCGAUCUGAUAUCUCCCCGGAGCGUGUGAUAAAACUUUCUCCUAGUUCCGAACAUGAGAGCACAUCUCCAACUUACCGCUUACAUGAAGAACAAAGGAUACCUUCAACUGAGCAGGAUAAACACAAUUUUGGAAAACCUCAAACUCCAGUUAUUGAUGUAAGUACUAAUGAAGAUGGUGAUAUUGUUCCACCUAUGCCUGAGUUUCCUGUUGCACCAAACAGGGCUGAUCCUCAGGAAUAUGCCUUGUAUAAGCAUAAAUAUGAAGUCUAUACUGCUUGGUAUGAGAAGUACGGUCAGAGAUACCAAGAGACGAGCAGAAAACCCAGUUCUGGUCUUGGGUCAAGUUGAUACGACGCACCAUUGUUACUUCUUAAAAUUGCAUUCAAUAUAAUUUCAUAGAAGGAA